UUCUCUGCUGCUCCCAUGGAUGACCUUGGACUUUUAAAACCUAUCUGUCUUUUUGACAAACUAUUUAAUCAUAAACUUCGGCUGAACGACUCAGUUGCAAACCAGUUUGCAGGAUUUACUGUGUCCAAGGAUGUCAUAAGCACUGCUGCCGGUUCCGCAAUGGUUACGGUCGGUGCCACUCGUGUACUUUGUGGUAUUAAGGUCAAGGUAAUGCCUACGCUAAAACUGGAGAGCCCCUUUAUAUGUUCGGUUGAGCAAACCAACCUCUCCCAGCGCCUUUUGCGUACUAACAAACCGGUCAGCAAAGAUAUUCAGUCUCUGUCCGUCCAGUUAGACUGGAUCCUGCGUACGUGUGCCAUCCCAGACGCCAAGGACCAACUACAAAUAUAUUUCGCCGCUACUGAUGCUGAUCCCAGCCUCAAAAAAAUGGUCUGUGGCAUGUAUCUGCUGCACAUCGACUUGCUCAUUCUUCACGACGAUGGCUGUCUUCUUGACGCCUGCCUCGCAGCCGUCCUUGCUGCCCUUUCCUGCGCUGAAUGGUCUAGACUGGAAGGGAAGGCCGGCGCCAGUGUUGGUCAGGUCGCCACCCAGACUAUGAACACCUCCAAAAUGAACUUCCAAGAAGUGGCUACGUCACAGUCGCCAGUUCGACUGCAUGCGACCCUCUUCCACAUUAUUUUGGACUCCGAAGGUGCCAUCGUCGAUUUUGCCAUGGUGGGUGGCCUCUCCUCGUGCCUUUGGGCACACUUAGAGGAGGCGGGCAUCUGUCACAAUCGAGCCGUCCUGCCUGAGCUCCUGGAUCGUGCUGCAAAACAGUGCGAUGUUGUUUCUGUCAAAGACUUCGGCGCAUUCGUUACCAUUGAGGGAUCGACCAGACAGGGCCUCGUGCAUCGCAGCCAGAUAUCAAACCACCGAAUAGAUGAUGCUUCAGAAGUCUUGGAGGUCGGCGAGGAGGUGUUUUGCAAAAUAAUCAGUGACGAGGAUGGCAAAAUCGGGCUCAGCAUGAAAUUUGUUAACCAAACAUCUGGCGAUGACAAGGACCCAAACAACGUUUUAGCAGCACAGCAAGCGAAGAGAAGAUCAGGUCCUGGUCGUGAGCAAGUCCCAAUUCGUUUGGAAGCGGAACUGAACACACUGUGCACGCGUUGCAAGGGCAAAGGUCGGUGGACAUUUUUUUAG